CGCCCCUUUGGUAAAUAGCGCAUCACAUGGCGGGCUGGUGUAAACAGGUUAAUUUUCAGCUGGGAGAAUCUCUUCCAGAUUGCAGUUUUCCUGCCGCGUUCACGGAAUGAAGAGAAAGCAACCGGAUGAUGUCCGCUCCCCGGCGCCAUGUGAGGAGGAGUGGCUCACCACUCGGAACAAACAAAAGAUCAAGCCUGUGUCUCCCAAACCUAGGAGAAGACACUCAAGUGUGGUGAGAGGAUUCCCGCGACAGUCCAAGUCAUCGCUAUGGCAGCUGACUCAGACCACACCCCCUCAUCCGCUCCUCUUCACAGCAACAAAGCAAACAACAAUACAGGGAUUCUUCCCCACAAACAACAACAGUGAUAAACAACCAAAUAAUGGAUCAAUCACUGAGACUCAAGCCAGUGAACCCUCCUCACCCGGCGGUGGAAGUAUUCUGGACAGCCAUAUUGAAUUUGACCCUUUGAUCUCAUCUACAAAUGUCUGCAUUUCGUCACAUGACAAAAACACUUCAGAUCAAAGUCACGGUUCCAUAGCCCGAAAACAGGAGGCAAGGGAGGCUACUCUUGUAGGAAUGUGUUAUUCACAUGAAGCUGUGCCUGUUAAGGUGGUAGACUGCCUGUCUGAUAUUGAUUUUCCCCAGCGAAAGAUUGCGGUGUCGGCCAUUAGAAGCAGUGACUUAUCAACUCCAGACAUUCUGGGGAAUCUGAGCUCAAACAGUUCCAUCUUACCAUCAGACGACCCUAGAGCAUCCCGUGAUGGAGAGAAUGGACAGAAGGACCGAAAUGAGUCGGAAGCUAUUCACGCGACCUCCAAGACCAUGUGUGGAGAUGCUCUUUUCACAGAGGACGUGUCAGAUUCUCUUCCAUUAAUUGUGAACCAAAAUACAAUGACUUUCAAACUCUGGGAAUCUGAAAAACAAGAAGAAAAAAACGUAUGCGAAGAUGCUGUGAGUUUUGUGGAUAACUCGUUAACUUUCACACAAACUAAUCACAGUGACACGCACUUGUGGAAAUCUAGGCCAAGGUUGUGUGUUGCUGACUCAUUAGAUACCGAUUAUGAAAUGAGUCCCCUUCCUAAACACAAACAUUGGGUAAGUGAGGAUGUGUUGACAAAACACGACGCGGGGCCCUGUGAUGAAAUGUUUCAAAAGAGAUUGAGAAGACAGCCCAGGGCCAAAUCAGUCGCUGGGAGACUAGACGGGAAUUUUAUAGCUUGGUGCCUGGAGCCGGAAAACGAAGAAUGCAAAACAUCGCCUUCAGUAUCCGUCCCCUCGGGAGAUGAUAGCGAGACUCAGGACGUGCGUUGUUUAUUGGAACAUGGGAGAAAUGGCUUGAAGCCUACAUCAUUACAAGGCAGGUCGCGACAAAGUCUUAAUGAUCACUAUCUAGCCACAAAACAUACUGCCUUGAAGCAAGACUUGUCAGACUGUGCGAACUCUCUCGAUCUGUCCCCUCCAGCGCCCUCUAGUGGCAAAGGGGCAACAGGUCCAGUUAGACCCCUUCGGCCUUUUUAUAUUUCGAAAUCAGGACAGAAUGACUCAGACACUGACAAGAGAGCACACGGAAACGACCUUUUCAGGGCCACUAGAGCACGUGCUUGUUGUGCUGGUUCUAUAACAGGGUUACCUAGUGAUUCACAGGCCAGAUUGUGUAAGACCUCGAGGUCGUCACGACACCAGAGUAGGGAAUCGGGGUCAGCCAGCGAGGAUAAAUAUCACUUGAGGUCAGAGGGAAUUUUGAAAGCACCUUUAUCAAAUAGCAGGACCUCUGGGUGCUAUGAAGACUCCAACGUGUACAUUGAUGUUGAAGCCAGUGAGAGAUGUGUUGCAGAUGAUGCCGACUCACUUGUGUUUACUCCAUCACAGGGGCCAAACACUGGAGCUGAUGAAGGGGAUGACGACAUUGAUGCUGGCUUUUUCCUGGAUUCGCAACUGAUGUGAUUUUUGUGUUUAAGACAAAAUGUGGCAUGAUGCCACCUAAAACAAAACAAAUAAAACUGGAUGGUUUUGUCCAUUUUGGGUUUGGACACUAGAUGCCUGUGAUACUUGUUAAGAUUCCUUAUUUUGCAGAAUGAAAGACCAAAAUAUUUACAUGAUUAUGUUA